AUGAUAAAAUGUGAGUCAGCAGGAGUUCUUCAAUUCAGCUACCGGUCCCUCCUUCACCGUAGUUUGGAGACUGUCGGCAACAUAUUCAUUCGCAGCGUUCACUGCACUAUCUAUCUAUCUAUCUAUCUACACAAGUCUUCCCUAUAUCUAUCUAUCUAUCUAUCUACAGAAGUCUUCCAUCUAUCUAUCUAUCUAUCUAACUAUCUAUCUAUCUAUCUACACAAGGCUUCCAUCUAUCUAUCUAUCUAUCUAUCUACACAAGGCUUCUAUCUAUCUAUCUAUCUACACAAGUCUUCCCUAUAUCUAUCUAUGUAUCUAUCUAUCUACACAAGUCUUCCAUCUAUCUAUCUAUCUACACAAGUCUUCCCUAUAUCUAUCUAUCUACACAAGUCUUCCCUGUAUCUAUCUAUUUACACAAGUCUUCCCUAUAUCUAUCUAUGUAUCUAUCUAUCUACACAAGUCUUCCCUAUAUCUAUCUAUCUAUCUAUCUACAUAAGUCUUCUCUAUAUCUAUCUAUCUACACAAGUCUUCCCUCUAUCUAUCUAUCUAUCUAUCUAUCUAUCUAUCUAUCUAUCUAUCUAUCUACACAAGGCUUCUAUCUAUCUAUCUAUCUAUCUACACAAGUCUUCCCUAUAUCUAUCUAUGUAUCUAUCUAUCUACACAAGUCUUCCAUCUAUCUAUCUAUCUAUCUACACAAUCUUCUCUAUAUCUAUCUAUCUAUCUAUCUAUCUACAUAAGUCUUCUCUAUAUCUAUCUAUCUAUCUAUCUAUCUAUCUAUCUAUCUAUCUAUCUAUCACUCUCAUUCUGUAUUCAUAA